GUCCCUAGGAUCCCCUUGGCGCCGCUCAAUUGGUCUAUUAAAGAGCGAACUGUCUCCUUCACUGCUGUUGAGUAUUAGUUGCCUCGUUAUUCCUGCUUCAGGCCUCUUUCCUGUCGUUAUUCUGUAGUAGACUAUCGAACCAUGGCGCCCGAUGUGAUUCAGCCCGUCGCCGUCGCAGCGGGACCCCACGUAGUAACCCCCCUAUCGCAGGACCCGAAGGAGAAGUUUUACCGUCACUUCCAGGAAGAAUUUGCAUCCAUUCGCAACCGAAUCGAAGAUCUCCCCUCGGUGGCGGUCAUUGGAGGUGAAAGACAAGAUGCCCUCGACGCCAUCUUGGGUUCCAUCUCGAAUUUGUCGAACGAGGUCUCAGAUGCCUCCGACUAUGUUCCUGCCUACGAUCAACGCACAUAUUCAGAGGCUAUAAAACUUUUGACUGAAAAGCUAAAUCAGACGACGGCAAAGCUUGCACCUCGCUCUCGUUUCCAGUUCAAGUCUCGCAGUGCCGCCGCUGGCUCCGACCAGGCACUCGGGCGGGCCGCCGAUCCCCGUCUUCUCACCACUGCCGGCCGGGUCGACGCCACGCCAGCUUCCCCCGACGAGACUGCUGACCCUAGUUCACGCGUCGAGGCCGAAGAUGCCGUGAGCGAUCUCCCCUCGAUCAAAGCCAAGGAUUACAACAAGGAGAUGGCGCAACCCAGCACGUCUCGUGUCCGCAUGCCCAGCUUUUCGACCGCCAAGGAGAUUGUUAUUUUCGGCCAGACGGGGUUGCACAUCAUCCUGCCCUCCACGGCCUCCCGAGCCACGUCCGCGGGUCGUUUGACAGACAUCAACGACUGCGUCGUCGACAUGUCCAUGGUCACAGCCAGCAGCGCCCCCUUCGCCAGCCUCAUGCUCAAUAAUAUCAGGAAUUCCCUCGUCCUCGCUGGCCACGUAGACGGUCCUGUGCACAUCACCGGCGUAUCGGAUAGCAUUGUCGUCGUGGCAGCCCGGCAGGUCCGGAUCCAUGAGUGUAAGAACGUCGACCUAUAUCUGGACUGCUCCAGUCACCCGAUCAUUGAAGACUGUUCCGGCAUGCGGUUCGCGCCGCUGCCUCCCUCAUUCGAAAACCCCGACGAUCCAUCGAAGAACCAGUGGGACCAGGUACAAGACUUCAAGUGGUUGAAGUCCGAGAAGAGCCCCAACUGGAGCAUCUUGCCAGAGGGAGAAAGAAUUGCGGAAGACAUCUGGGUGAACGUUGUCCCGGGUAAACCGGGGAAGGACCUUAGUGACAUCUUAGACGCGGUCGGAAUUGCGAGGCGCUGAGUAGAUAAUGGCUUCAUCGGUCGCUGUCUGUGCCGUAUGAAUGCGAGGAGACUGCAAGACAGCCUGUGUAUCUGCUGUAAUUAGUUUCGACAGGAGUGGCCACCUUUUCCUUUCUGACCGAUGGGUAUGUAUUUUCGUUUCGUUGCAAUUCAGUCGCAGUUGCAAAUCAUCGCUCGCAAUGUCUGGCUCACGCUGGCCAGGUUUCCCUCUCCUUCCUUGGUAGCCCCAGGGUAUCAAGUAAUUAGGAGGUGACCUCCUACCACCGCGAAUCGAGCUUCUUGUCCCAUUUGCACCUUCGAGG